AUGUCUGUCUCCGUCACAGUCCUAACGAAGGAGGAGGCGGAUUCAUUGGAUGCGCAGGCAACCUGCGCCAUCACCCGGUUGCCACCCGUGCUGGUCCACAAUCUACGCUGUCAGGUGGGCACAGUUGUGAGUUUAGAAGAUGAUCCAGGCCGAACCUUUAACUGGACAUCAAAGGCUGAGACGUGUGAUCCCGGGGAACUUUGCCAGGAGACUGUACUGUUGAUUAAAGCAGAUGGAACCAAGACUGUCGUUUUGGCCAGUAAGAGCUGCACCCAAGGAGAAGAGUCAAUGACUUUAAUCCAUUAUACGGCCCAGUUUGGCCUGAUUGCUUUGUCCUACAGUAACUACUGCAAUGGCACCCUCUGCAACAACAAAGACAGUCUAUCUUCCUUCUGGAAGCCACAAAAUACAGAUCCCACAGCAACUUCCAGUCUGGCAGGAGACUUACGCUGCCCAACAUGUGUGGCUCUGGGGUCCUGUUCCAGUGCCCCCACUCUGCCCUGUGCCAAUGGGACAAACCAGUGCUAUCAAGGAAGACUUGAGUUGUAUGGAGGAGGCGUGGACUCCAUCGUGCAGGUUAAAGGCUGCGCCACCAUAAUCGGCUGCAGGCUGAUGUCUAGGAUGGUGUCGGUGGGCCCCAUGGCAGUGAAGGAGACCUGUAACGACCGCCCAUCUCUUCAGCCCCGAAAGGCAGAAAGUGGGGCCUCGUGGCUGCACACCUCACUGCUGGUGCUGGAGCUCCUGCUGCCAGCAGCGCUGUUGCCCCUCACCCACUUCUGCUGAGAGGGCUCUGAGGCUUGAGGGGGUCUCUGUCUGCUGACCACCAGCUUGAAGA